AUGAAAAAACUAAAUUUGUUGUUUAAACUAUAUCAUAGACGCGCAGAAUGCAAUGGUAGUACUGGUUUUGUUGGAAAUAAACAUCAUAUUAAAUUAAAAAAAAUAUCCUAUGAUUUUUAUAAAAAUAGCAAAAUAAAUAUAUUGGAUGAACAAUGUUAUGAAAAUGCAAUAAAAAUAAGUCAAACCAUCUCAAGUUUUUAUAAAAACAAAAUAUAUAACAACCAAAGUUAUAUACUAAUUUUUAAAGGAUUUAUGAAUAUAUUAUUAAAAAUAAAAGAAAAAGAAAAAAUAGAAAAAAAAAAAAAAUUAUUAAAUAUUAUGAAUAUAUUUGUAUUAUAUUUUAAAGAUCACAUAAAUAUUAUGAAUGAACAAGAUAUCACAUUAUUAUUAGACACUAAUGGAAAAUGUAAUAUUAACAAUAAAAUAAUAAAUGAAUUAAUAAUUAAUAGAUUUGAUAAAAAUAAUAAUAAAAAUACAUUAUUUUAUAAUUUAAAUCCAAAAAGUGUGUGCAUCAUCUUAAAUAAUUUAUAUAAAAUUAGUGGAAUAAUAAAAAUUAACAUUAUUCAAGAUAUAUAUACAUAUUAUAUUAUUAACAAAUAUUCGAAUUACACAUUAAAGCAACUUAUAAUUAUUUUGCAUUCUUUGAAUAAAUAUAAUUUCCAAAAAUCUCAAAUUAUAUAUAUAUUAAAUUAUAUAUCUUUAAAAAUUUUUAAAUUAUAUGAUAUUUUUCUUAAAACUAAUGAAAAUAAAUUCAAACAAAAAAAUACAAUAAACCUAACUAUAUCCACUACCCACCACAACCAUCAUAAUAUUCCUAUUUUAAAAAUAUGUGAAAAAAACAAUUUAAAAGAAAAUCAAAUACAUCAAAACAAUAAAAUGUCAUUUAUAUAUAAUAAGGGUGAAGAUAAGCAUAGAGAAAAUACGAAUGAAUUUAUUUCACUAUUUUGUAAAAAUAAUAAAUAUGAAGUUAUUUUAUUAUAUGUUUUAAGUUGCUAUAAUUAUUGUAAUAAUAAUAUUAUUAAGAUUCUAAUUAAACAAACAAAAAAUAAAAUCUUAACAAUUUAUAACGAAAAAGAAAUAUGUAUGUUAAUUAAUUCUAUAUCGAAUUUUUUUGUUUUAAAAAAAAAUAAAAAUUUUGAUAAACAUGGAAUAGAAGAGGAUAAUUAUAUAAAUGACAAAAACAAAUUAUUUAUGUCAAAUUUAAUUGAUGAUAUUAUUAAAUGUAAUCAAAUAUUUAAUUAUUAUUCACAUUUUAGUAUAAUAUCUAUUUAUAUAUUCUUGUCGAAAUUAGAUUAUUUUAAAUGUUACAAAAAUAAACAAAUACAUGACAAGUUUUUAAAUCAAAUAUUCUACAACGAUACAACAAAUAACAAUAAUUAUAUAGAGAAAAAAAAAAAAAAAAAAAUUCCAUAUUUUUUUCUUAAUAAUAAUAAAGAUAUUACUGUAAAGACAUUAAUAAAUUUAGCAUUUUCAUUAUCUUUAAACAAUAUAAAUUGUUACAAAUAUUAUAAUUUUGUUUUACACUAUUUUUAUAUAUUAGUAAAAAAAUACAUUAUUUCUUUUAAUAAUCAUUCAGGAUAUAUUAACUAUGAUAUAAAUAAGUUUAUUCAAUUUUUGUCAAUUCAGAAUAUACAAUUACUUUGUAUUAUAUACACUUAUUUGUUUGUAAAUAACAUUUUAUUUAAAUUGAAUAUAAUAAAUUGCCAUUUAUUUCUAUUCUUUAUAAAUAAUCUUAAUUAUAUAAAUUCAAUGUAUUUAUCUCAGCACAUUUCUUCAAAAAUACAUGAAGAAAUAAAUACAAUACUUACAUCCUUAAAAAAAUCAAAACACAAUAAUUUGGAAAACAAUCAAAACUAUGAUAAAAUAACAACCCAACAAAUAUUACACACUAAUGAAUGUUUUAUUUUUCCUUAUUAUAUAGAUAUAUAUUUAUCCCCAAUAUAA